AUGAGCGAUGAAGAGGAUUGCGUUUUACCGGCAGACACAAUGCUUAUCUUGCAGCAGUUUUUACAAGAGAAAGCAUUAAAAGAACGGUCUGAAGAAGCCGGAGUUGAACCAGAAGGAUGUUUUGAAGAAAAUUGGCAACUAAGUCAAUUUUGGUACAACGAAGGUACGAAACAGAAGUUAGCAUUUAUCGUAAGAAAAUUGCAAGAACAAGAUUUUUCAAACACGUUUCGAGUAGCGCUGCUGUCGGCGCCAUCCGCAUUCAAGCACGUGUUAAAUGAAAAUAAACAAGCGGUGUUAUUUGAGUUUGAUGAGCGAUUCGCUUCGUACGGCGACAAUUUCCAACAGUAUGACUACAACAAGGCUUUCGAUUCGGAGUACAUGGACGCAUUUGCCGGUCAGUUCGAUUUGGUCAUCGCCGAUCCACCGUUCUUGUCCGAAGAGUGUAUCGAAAAGAUGGGAGCUAUCGUGAAAAAAAUCACGAAACAGAAUGCCAAAAUAAUUCUUUGUUCUGGAGCGGUGGUGCGAGACUGGGCCAAAGAGCAUCUAGGGCUUCAUAUGUGUCAAUUUCGACCAGAGCAUGAACGCAAUCUUGGCAAUGAGUUUUGUUCGUUUGCCAAUUUUGAUUUAGACUCUGUACUCUGA